UCUCGGAAAAGCUUUCGUUAUAUAAAGGUGUGAGACUCGGGGAAGAUUGUCAAACGAUCAACUUUGGAUCGCGAGCUGCUGUCUGAAUUUUAUCGUUUACGAAGAGACGAAAAUAUUUCCAACCAUGUCCAUCAGAUGUCUUCUGUUAGUGGGUAUUUGUCUUGGCAUUGCCAGACAUGUCUACGCCGUACAGUUGUUCAUGAAACCUGGUGAGACCAGCGAUGCUGCCAUCGAUGAAACCAUAAGACAAAUCCGAACCGAAUGUAUUCUGGCGAAAGAUUAUUCUUUCCUGAGACGGUUGGCAAAGGCCCAGAUGAAUUCUAUCGCAUCAACAACCGGUGGAAUAUGGAGGGUAACCAGCGCCCAAUUGAAAACCGUCCAAAAUGCUUGCAAUGGUAUACUUCAAACGAAUUGCAGUAAAGCGAAAACCGAGCUCAAGGUUGAUGUAUCGACCCUAACAAUGUCCGACCUACAAAAACCCCUAUAUUCUGGAUUGGUAAUGAGCUUGUUUAUCUUAAACUCUGUAUCACCGGUUCCGCUUCAAAAGGCAAAGCAAGCUCAAUCGUGGAAGACUCAUAUUAAUUCGAACGGCGACACCACUAAAUUUAUGAACUGGUCAAAUGAAUUAGAAAAGUUAAAGGAUUGCGCCGGUAACCAGAUGGACUUAGUGUUUGUUAUUGACGCGUCCGGAAGCGUUGGAACAAUAAAUUUUGAUUUGACCAAAUUAUUCUUGGAUCACGUUGUGAGCAAUCUAGACAUUAGUGGAACAGCAACACGCGUAGCAGUGAUUAGAUAUUCAUCCAGUCCUCUCUUAAUCUUUGGCUUAGACAAAUACAGUACGGAAAAGGCAGUAAAAAGUGCUAUCAACGCUAUACCUUACAAUGGUGGUGGUACAAACACGGACACGGCUCUUGACUUAGCACGUACCAGUGUCUUUACAAAUACAAGAAAAUCUGUUGCUGCAAAAGUUGUAGUUUUGGUCACAGAUGGAAAGUCAAGGAGUGAAACGAGAACAGUAGCGGCAGCUCAGAAACUGAAAGAUGACGGCGUCACUAUAUUUACAAUUGGAGUUGUCAAUCCAAGAGUGUCUGAGUUAACUGCAGCAGCAAGUGAACCCAGUUGUACACAUUUCAUCCACUUGAAAGAUUAUAAUGAGAUUGAUUUUAUUGUGAAGGAAAUUCGAUCUGCAUCCUGCGAUGGUUCUGUCUUUGUUAACGACACUACUGAGAUAACGGAUAACACCCUUACGAAUUGUAACGAGACGAAACAACAAAUCCUGAACUCCACCAUAGUUAUCACGUCCCACUCGUUUACAAUAAUCACGGUGAGUAUCCAGUGUGGUGUGGCCACUAUGUAUGGGUCAUUUAACAACAGUAACCCAAGUUUGGCCAACUACGACUACAUAACCUAUGCAACUGACAUGAGCCCGGGUAGAAUGUUCGUGGGUAAACCAAUAGCACCAUCAACGUUCUUCCAUACGAUAAGUUCCAAGAUGCUAUGUGGCUUCAACACCACCGUUUGUUACAAUGCUCACUAUAACAUCACGUUCACAACAAUAGGUGUAAAUGAUUCGUGCACAACCGUAACUACCCAAAAGGUACAAUAUAUUUUCCCCUACCCUGGUCAACCUGGAAAAUACAUUCAGUAUGACACGACAGGGAAUCUGAGUGCCGUCUGCUGUCCUAAAAAUCAUAUUUUUGAUGCAAUCCUGAAGAGAUGUAAACCCCGUGUGUCGACCACACCAGGCAUCGCUUUGCCUCCUAAUCCCUGCAUCUAUAACCAAGCGCUAUUUUAUUUUCCUCAUCCGACAACCCUUUCAAAAUUCAUACAAUGUAGUCAAUGGGGUCAGAUGUAUGAAAUGCCUUGUCCCUCAACACUAAUCUGGCAUCCAAGUAUUAUGAAUUGCUUGCCCCUUAAUCCAAGCGUUAGUGUGUGUGGAGCUAACACUAACGGCCAGUUUCAACCUCACCCAUUCAGUAGUUCCUAUUUUAUAGCGUGUGGUGCAGGCACAGAUUAUCAACUAAGGAUGUGUGAAAACAACAAAAUCUGGAAUCAAGCCCUGAUCCAGUGUGUUUAAACUUCACCGUUUUGAAUGAAAAAUGGAAUUUCUUAAAUCAAUUUUGAUAGUGCCGUUCAAAAGGAAAAGAUCCGAAAAAUUUUAUAAAGCAUUGACAAUCAAUUAUCAUCCUCUUGGAUAAUUUUAUGUCAUUUAAACGAAUUUUUCAUGUAAUAAAAUGCAAAAUUAAAUCUGUUGUUACGUUUA